GUUGCUCUCACGGUACUAUGACCUGAUGGCUAUGUACAUGGCUCGGAAUGAACCAAAACGUCCCGGGUCCGCUCCCGACUCGACUUGUCUUCCUCUCCGAGCUACCUAAUCUCCCCGUUGGUUCAAAGGUCCGCUUUCUAGGAUGUGUAUCGAAGUACACAAUUGCAAAGGGCAUCCUCACCCUUGAGCAUAAUGACAGUGUAUCCUCGCCGAACAGAAAAGGGCCCCGUCGAGCGCCGGGGGCUCGAAUAGAUGUCGAUGUAAACCUGCUUCUCGAGUCUCUCAGCCAUUCAGAUAUUGACAUCGGAAACUGGAUUAACGUUAUCGGCUAUGUGAGGCCCCUGUCGCCGGCGCCCAGCCUCGUUCUUCAAAAUGAGAUGCUCAAGUCAGGAGGCGGAAGAAAAAAGCCUUCGUCGGUGUACGUUGAGGCACUAAUGAUCAUUCCUGCCGGCGGAAUUAGAGUUGGGGAAUAUGAAAGAGUUUUAUCUGAAGCUAGAGAAGUAGAUAAGAGACUAAAGGGGUCGAGCUGAGAACCGAAGUCCUGAGUUCACUCCAUGGAUGUUACUUCGGUCUCUAUAGAGUCUGAACAAAUGGCUAGUUAACUUUCGGGCCAUCUAAUUAGAAAACGGCAAGGGAGUACUCUGGAGUUGCCGGUUGAAAACUCCUUAAACGGUGUACAAUACUUAGGGCACGCCGUAUGUCUCGAAUAUUCCUCGUGAGCAAUACAGAAUUAAAAUG